GUACAGCAAGGCACAAAAGUUGAAACAAUGUGGUCCUCGAAUGUGGUCGUCUCUUCCAUUAUUUGCACGUUUCAGUCAUCGCAGUUCACCUUCUACGGCAUCCUUGGCCAAAAUUCUGACCGGUCGUUCGAGCACUGGCAAGUGAGUGAUGAACUUUUGUGGAUCUACGAUACUGGGGCAACGGUGUCGGUUUGGCAAGAAAGUCAACAACGUCCCAAUGCUGCCGAGGGGUUUGUAGGGUACGAGAUUGAAAACAUAAUCGGCCACUAUGAGUUCGAUAAUGGACGAUUGUUCUACGCGGUAAAAUGGAGCGGGUACAACUGCCCCACCUGGGAG